AUGGCAGAGGGCACACAGGGGGUGCCCCUGGUCGAGGGGGAGGUGGUGGCUGCCGGCGCUGACGGAGUCGUGGAGGCCGUUCCGGUGCCGGAGCCGGCGGCCGAGCAGCCAGUGGUGCGGCCUAAAUUAUUGUUAGCUACAAACCCGGGACCUGGCGUGGAGGACCCCGGGGCCACUAAGCUUCAGGAGGAGUGGUGGCAAAGCCCGGUGCUGACCGGAGGACAGGCGGAUCAGCUUCCAACGCCCAGGCCGAAGCCCAUUCACUCGGGAUGGAGGGAGAGACGAGUCACCACGGAGGACGACGAGGACUGGAGCUAUUCCAUGGCUCCAGGCCAGGAAACAAUGGAUAUAUUGCGGCACAGGUUCGGCGAGGCGAGUUAUAGGGGCGCCUCUAAUGUUUGGCAGUCGGAGGAGGAUUCUGCGGGGCGCACUCCGUCAUCCCGGUUUCGCCUAAGCAGCCCGCGGUUGCGGUUGCCGCAUUCGGCUGGUGGGCCUGCCGUUACGGGUCUCCCUACGGGUAGCCCGCCAGGUCAGCCGCAGCCGGCCCGGCCGGUUGGUCCCGGAGGUGUGGUUGGGGGCCCUGAGCUGGCAGGGGGUGUAGGCCAGCGGGGACCUGUAACGGGAUACGCUACUAACGUGCCAGGCCAACCCUUGGGGCCAUGGGGUCCAGGGAAUCCGUGGGGGGCCCCUCCUAUACCUGUCACGUUUGACGGCAACCCGGAUCAACUGGCGAUGUUCUUGGGCCAGGUCAUAAGCCACCUGGAUCAGUUCGCACAAUUAUAUGCCUCCCAGUGGGCCAUGGUCGGCGCGGUCACCGCCGCUUUGCGUGGAGAGGCGGCAGCAUGGGCGGCCGACCUAUAUAGCGACCAUGCCCGCGAGUUGGGGAGCGCGGGGCUGUUCUUGGACGCUUUGCACGGGAGGUUCGAAGACCCCACUCGCGCACAGAGAGCCGAGGCCGAACUUCUAGCGCUGCAGCAAGGGAAGCGCCCGGCCAUUGAAUAUGUACGAGAUUUCCGGAGGAUGGCCGGCCGUUUGCAUUCUUCAUGGCCGGAGCGACUGCUGGUGCAUCAUUUUAGAGCCGGCCUAGACCAUGAUCUACGGCAGGCCUGCGUAUACCGGGGAGUGCCCAACAGACUUCGAGAUUGGUUCAAGGUGGUGGUCGAGCUUGAGACGGGCCUUAAAGAGGUGCAUCGCGGAGGCGGGGACAUUCUGCGGCCACGGCGUUUCGGGGAUAGGCCUCGUGAGGAAAGUCAGGCCCAGCCACGAGCAACACCCAAGUCAUCGGGGACACCGGGAGAGGCUGUUUUCCGCUGUUUCCGCUGUAACCAACCGGGCCAUCGAGCAGCCGAUUGCCCGGCCCCUAGCCCCCGUAAGGCCGUAACAGUUAGUAAAGUAACGCCCAUGAAGAACACCGCUGAGGGUUCGAGAGCUGCCACCCAGCAACCAACCCCGGCAGCGAGAAGAGGGUCCCCAGCAACUCCAGAGGCCAUGGCAGUCGCGCGCGACCAGAUGGAGGGCGGCGAGGACAGUCCCGACGAUGGGUCCACUGAUCCAAUGGUGAGUGAACCCAUUAGGCCUUUUGUUUUACCUAUAGUCCUAACGAGUCCGGCAACGGGCGUACGAAGGGCAUGUCAGGCUUUGAUAGACACCGGGUGCACACGAUGCCUGAUUAGUAGGAAAGUAGCGGUGGAGAGCGGAUUCCGGAUAUAUAAAUUAACACAACCCAUCAGGUUCGAGCAGGUGGAUGGGUCAUUGUUGGGAGGGGUUCCAGCGACUCAUGUUACCGAACGAGUACGCAUGGACCUGGGAGAGCAUUGGGAAGUAUUACGCUUCAUCGUAGUGCCCAUUAUGACAGAGGCUGUUAUACUGGGUCUAGCUUGGUUAGAUAAAUGGACUCCUACUAUAUGGUGGGGAGGGGGUUACCGUCACGUACGUCUUGGGGUAGGCCCAAUGCCAGUGGGUGGCGAUGCUGAAGAGAAGGCCCCUGAUGUCCCAGGAACAACAGCGCAGCUCCAGGAGAGGAAGGGGGAACUGCCAUACCCCGAGGAGUAUAGGGACUUAGCGGCCGUAUUCAGCGAGGAGGAUUGCAACCAACUGCCUCCUCACCGAUCGACAGAUUGCGCUAUUGAGCUACUGCCGGGGGUGAAACUCCCAAAACCCCGGAUGUACGCUAUGACACCAACGGAAGUGCAGGAACUCCGUAGAUACAUCGAUCAGAAUUUAGCACGGGGGUUCAUCCAACCGGCCCGUUCGCGGAUAGCGGCACCCGUACUUUUUAAGGAAAAGAAAGAUGGAUCAUUACGCUUAUGUGUCGAUUUCCGGGGGUUGAAUGCAGUAUGCGUUGAGCACUUAUACCCCCUACCCCUUAUGAAGGAUUUAUUGGCACAUUUAGGGACAGGUCGCAUAUUUACUAAGUUGGACCUACGAGAGGCGUAUUAUAGAGUACGAAUUAAGGCUGGCGACGAGUGGAAAACGGCAUUUAAUUGCCCGUUAGGUAGUUUCCAGUUUCGUGUCAUGCCGUUUGGAUUACAAGGGGCCCCUGCGGUGUUCAUGCAGUUAAUCAAUCAGGUGUUGCAUGAACAUCUAUAUCGCGGGGUCCUUGUAUAUCUAGAUGACAUCUUAAUUUACACCACAACGAAGGACGAACAUAUUAAUCUUGUGAGGCAAGUACUGCAGAAGCUUCUCGAUGCCCAGCUUUACGUGAAAUUAUCUAAAUGCGAGUUUCACCAAGAAAGACUAGAUUAUCUGGGGUAUCGUAUCUCAAGGCACGGGGUGGAAAUGGAUCCGAGCAAGGUGCAAGCAGUACUGGACUGGCAAGCCCCCAAAACUAGGCGCCAACUACAAAGCUUCCUCGGAUUUGCGAAUUUUUACCGCCAGUUCAUCCCAUCAUUUGCCACCGUAGUUCAGCCUCUCACAGAGCUUUUAAGGACGAAACAUUUGCAGGGGAAUCCUCGUCCAAGCCAACAGUUGGAAUGGACCAUGAACUGCCAAAAGGCGUUCGAGUUAUUGAAAGCAUUAUUCGCUAAAGAGCCGGUGUUACGCCACCCCGACCCAAGCGUCCCAUUUGUGGUCCAAGUGGACGCUAGCGAUGUGGCGGUGGGGGCAGUGCUGCUACAGGAGAACAAUAGCGGGGCGUUGCAGCCAUGCGCGUAUACUUCACGAAAAUUCACAACGGCUGAACGUAGUUGGGCCGUCUGGGAGAAGGAGGCCUUUGCGGUCCGAUGGGCCUUAGCGACCUGGUGACAUUUUUUAGAAGGGGCCGAGUUGCCUUUUGAGGUGUGGACGGACCACAAGAAUCUGGAGGCACUACAAACCCCAAGACGAUUGGCUCCCAAACAUGUCCGGUGGGCCCAAUACUUUAGCCGGUUUAAGUUCGUGCUGAGGUAUGUACCGGGAGGGAAAAACUUUCUGGCCGACGCAUUGUCGCGAAUGCCACAAUAUCAUAGUAGACGGGAGGAAGUCAUACAGGCGGUAAUACCCCUUUCUCAGCAUGAGAUAGCUAGAAGUGCAAUUCAUAACUCUCAAGGAAGCGAGUUGCAGGCCAUCAGGACGGCCCUCUUGACGGAUAAGUGGGCAAACGAGCAUUCAGGGUGGUUGACCAACCGAGACGGCGUGGCGUGGAAAGGCGACAAGAUGUAUGUGCCCGAAAGCCUACGUACAUCCGUUCUUCGGAGGUGUCAUGAUGCCAAGCAGGCGGGUCAUUUUGGGUUUUUAAAGACCUUGCAUUUACUGCGGCGGCAGUUUUGGUGGCCCAGAUUGAAAGUAGAUGUUGAACAAUAUGUACGAGGGUGUCAUGUGUGCGCCAGUGCGAAACCCAGGGUAGGAAAGCCCAUGGGACUGUUACAGGCAGUGUCCAAUCCAUCUCGGCCCUGGGAAGAGAUCGCCAUGGAUUUCAUAGUAGAGCUACCCGAAAACCGAGGUUACAAUGUAAUCUGGACAGUGAUAGAUCUGUUCUCCAAGCAGGCGCACUUUAUUCCAUGCAAAGGGCUGCCAUCAGCAAGGCGUUUAUCACGGCUCUUUAUUCAACAUAUCUAUCGGCUCCAUGGUACAUCCAAGAGAAUUAUAUCAGACAGAGGGGUGCAGUUUACUGCACGAUUUUGGAGGGAGUUUGUUCAUUUACUAGGGUCAACUCAGGCGUUAAGCUCAGCGUACCAUCCAAGUACCAACGGGGCGGCUGAGAGAGCGAAUGCUAUGGUGGAAAGAUACCUUCGGAGUUAUGUGUCAUUUCAGCAAACGGACUGGGUGGAUCUCCUACCGUUUGCUGAGGUGGCAUAUAACAACACCGUACACAGCAGUACCGGGUACACCCCGUUCAAAGUCGUAUUUGGUGUAGAUUUUAACCCUAUUCCCGAAUGGUCACCAGAGGUGGGUAGGGGACAAACCCCUCAAACAUGGUACUCCCGAGUCACGGAGCUCUGGGAGCAGGUGAAGGUAGCGCGGCGGAAGGCCGAGGCAGCUGUGAAGAUCCAAGCGGACAAGAAAAGGGCAGAGCAUAAACCAUUCAAGGUGGGAGACUGGAUGUAUUUGGCUACCAAAUACUUGCGGUUACAAGUACCGUGCAAAAAACUGGGUCCGAAGUAUGUGGGCCCAUUCCAGGUAACCAAGGUGAUCAACCCAGUUACAGUCGAAUUACGGUUGCCCGCCUCCUUAGGAAGGGUCCACCCAGUGUUCCACAGUAGCCUCCUCAAACCGGCACAUAGAAGUCCCUACACCGAUGGGGUACCGGGGCCAAUCUCGGGGUCCCAUUACGAGGUACAGGAGGUCCUGGACUCCCGAAGGCGGUACGGUAAAAUCCAAUACCUUCUACGGUGGAAGGGAUACCCGCUCUCCGAUGCUACCUGGGUAGAGGAGGGGGAUAUAAAUGCACCCAAACUAAUCAGGGCUUUCCACCGUAAGUGUCC